AUGGCCGUCUAUGCCCUCACGGGUUUCUCACUCGUCAGCCUGCUCAGCUUUGGCUAUUUGUCUUGGGACUGGAUGAAGCCCAGUUUGGUGGCCGAUGUGGCCACAGACCCCAUGGAGAAAUCACUGCCCCCCACCUUCCCCAGGCCUCCCCACAUCAUCUUCAUUCUGACCGAUGAUCAGGGCUACCACGACAUCGGCUAUCAUGGCUCAGAUAUCCAGACACCGACGCUGGACAGGCUGGCAGCAGAGGGUGUGAAGCUGGAGAACUAUUACAUCCAGCCCAUCUGCACCCCGUCCCGGAGCCAGCUGAUAACUGGCAGGUACCAGAUCCACACAGGAUUGCAGCACUCCAUCAUCCGCCCUCGGCAGCCCAACUGCCUGCCCCUCGACCAGGUCACCCUGCCACAGAAGCUGCAGGAAGCCGGCUACUCCACACACAUGGUGGGCAAGUGGCACCUUGGCUUCUACAAGAAGGAGUGCCUGCCCACUCGCCGGGGCUUUGACACCUUCCUGGGCUCCCUGACAGGCAACGUGGAUUAUUACACCUAUGACAACUGCGACGGGCCGGACGUCUGCGGCUACGACCUGCACGAGGGGGAGGACGUGGCUUGGGACCAGAGCGGGAAGUAUUCCACCUUCCUCUACGCCCAGCGCGUCAGCAAGAUCCUGGCCUCCCACAGCCCCAAGGAGCCCAUCUUCAUCUACGUGGCCUUCCAAGCGGUGCACACGCCCCUGCAGUCUCCCAAGGAGUACAUCUACCGCUACCGCUCCAUGGGCAACGUCGCCCGCCGCAAGUACGCGGCCAUGGUCACCUGCAUGGACGAGGCGGUGAAGAACAUCACCUGGGCCCUCAAGAAGUAUGGGUACUAUGACAACAGUGUGAUCGUGUUCUCCACGGACAACGGCGGGCAGACCUUCUCCGGGGGAAGCAACUGGCCACUACGGGGUCGCAAAGGGACGUACUGGGAAGGGGGAGUGCGUGGCAUUGGUUUUGUGCACAGUCCCCUGAUCAAGCGCAAGCGUCGGACAAGCUGGGCGCUCAUUCACAUUACAGACUGGUAUCCUACUCUGGUCAGCCUGGCCAGGGGCAACCUGAGCAAUGUCCAAGGCUUGGAUGGCUAUGAUGUCUGGCCUGCUAUCAGUGAGGGCAAAGAGUCACCACGCACCGAAAUCCUGCACAACAUUGACCCCUUGUACAACCAUGCCAAGUACGGCUCCUUGGAGGAUGGCUUCGGCAUCUGGAACACAGCUGUGCAAGCUUCCAUCCGGGUUGGGGAGUGGAAACUCCUCACUGGUGACCCAGGGUACAGUGACUGGAUACCCCCACAGACCCUGACCAACUUCCCAGGGAGCUGGUGGAACCUGGAGCGCCUCACUGAUGGCCUGAGGAAAUCCGUGUGGCUCUUCAACAUCACUGCCGACCCCUACGAGCGCUAUGACCUCUCAGAGCAGCGCCCAGACGUGGUCAGAACCCUCCUGAUGAGGUUGGUGCACUACAACCGGACGGCCAUCCCGGUGCGGUACCCUGCGGAGAACCCCCGGGCUCACCCAGACUUCAACGGCGGUGCCUGGGGACCCUGGGCCAGUGAAGAUGAUGGCGAGGAGUGGGAAGGCAGCCGGGAGUCCCUGAAAAGCAGGAACAAGAAGAAGAAGAAGUGCAAGAUCUGCAAGCUGCGCUCCUUCUUCCGCAAGCUGAACACCAGGCUCAUGUCCAACCGCAUCUGA